UAAAGGCAACGUCCGGCAUUACCGUCACAGUGUGCAACAUGACGACAAAAGACAUGUUUGAACUCAAUCUUACGAGCGGGACAUACACCAUUGAUAUCACAGCGAGGAACUAUAUAGACAGUCAUAUGGAAGCAGUGUCUACCUCUGUGGUUAUUCAAGAAUCCGUCGUUUUAAACAGCGUUACGGACAACGGCGCCACGGUGGCUGUAGGCGCUGUUAAGACUAUCAUUCUUAACUUCAACACGGUUGGGGAUCAGACAUGCGUGCAUAUCGAUCUAAAUGACGGUGACUUCAUUAUACUUGGAGAUUCCCCAACAUGCUCGACAAGGUAUAACGCCUCUGCGAUAUCAAAUUACUACUCAAAUAUGGCAUUGACGGUGGCGACUACGAUUACUCAUACCUACCAAUACGCAAGCCGUUUUACGGUGACAGUUAAUGCUUUUAAUGGCGUUUCUGACUCUGCAGACACAUUAGAACAUGUUGUUGCCGCAACAAAUUGUUCACUUCCACAGUUAAGUAUUAAAUCACCCGGAUACUCUGAUGAUUUCCAAGUUCCUAUUUCGUUCAUGAGGAGUGACUUCAUUAUCUUGAUCGGACAAACUAUAAUUAAUUGUCCAGAAACGGAAAAAAAUCAAAAAGAAUGGUCGAUUGUUCAGAUUGACGAAUAUGGAAAUACCCAAACACAAAUUGAUAUCACAAGUAUAGAUUCACGUACCACCUCUGAGUUAGUGUUGCCUCCACGUUUCCUGGGGUUGGGUACCUAUAAAGUCCGCUACCAAUUGACAAUGCUGCCUGGCAAAAGCACGGUCGAUUUUGGAACCUCUGCCGAUACGUUCAUACGCACGGAGGCGUCGCCACUAGAGGUCAAAUUAUUUCCAGGGGGAGUGUCGAAGAUCCAGUGGAAGCACGGAGAAAACUUGGUGAUUAAUCCGGCCAAUCUCUCUACAGACCCGGAUGUACCUGCCGGAAAAACAUCG